UCCCGAGUUCACAGUUCAACUACUCCCAUGCUUGUUUUUAGUAGAAGUGGCGCCGAGUAUGUCCAGAAUGUGGCCAGUUUUUUUAGUUCUACUUUGAGUGUUGUCUUUUCGUUGUGUGUUUGUCGGCUCCCUCGUGUGACGAGCAUGCCCGUGAACGCAUCAAAGCGCCAGCUGAUUGAGCUGAUCUAUCGCCACCUGAAGGAGCAAGGUUUCCACUCAGCUGCAGAUGAGCUCCAGAGGCACAGCCCACAGGAGGGGACAAACAUAUCUACCUCUUUAUCGGACAUCUACAAAUCAUGGUUAAAGGACUCAAAAAAGAAAAGGAAACCUGACUCCAGUUUUAAAGAACAAGGAGGGACUCCUGUGGUGGUCAAGACUCCCAAGAAGAAAAGCAGCAGCACAUCUGUUAAGGACACUCCAACAGCUGCAUCCAGGACAGAUGUAGCAGCGCCGUCUCUUGCCGCACUAAAGAAAAAUAAAAAGAAGGAUAAACCUGCCACAAAAGUAGAGACACAAAAGAAGAAGCCCGUGCCAGCAAAAAGUAAAAAAGGUGAAGGAAAAUCAGCAGUCACAACAAAGGUGAAGAAAUUAAAGCCCCAAAGUAAAAUCAAGGCUGUGGCUGCUGGAGGCGACGAGUCUGACUCUGACAGCAGUCUGGAUGUUGAGAAAUGGAAGAAGCGGCUCCUGCAAAUGACAGAAGCUGACGCAGCCAAGAUGGACACCAUCAAUUCUCUGGACUCCUCUGCGCCACCACCCAAGAAAACAAGAGUGAGAAAACCCCGGGCUAAGCCUCCGCAAAAAACAAACGCCAUCAUCAUUCAACCGAAUACUGAGACAGCGGAAAACAGUGAACAGGUGGGGGAGAAAGUUGUGACACCAACAAAAAACAGUAAACCUAAGCGGAGCCGAUCGAAAAAGACUGCACCUGCAGCCUCCUCCACCCCACUGAGCAAAGAGCAAAACAUCGCCCCUGUAGAGGAUCCAGUAACAUCACCUGUCUCCCCAUUAAAACAGACACCAAAGAAAGAGAAAAGAAAAGUUGUGAGUCCCAGUGAAGACAAAUCUGAGGAGGCAGCGUCUGAGCCCAAGAAGAAGAAGAAGAAGAAGAAAGAAGUGACUGAAGACGAGGUGGAAGAGAAUGCAAAGACAGCACUAGACAGUAAAGAGAAAAGGAAAAAGAAGAAGAAAGUCACGGAGGAAGAGUCUGGUGAUAAACCUGCAGAAGAAAAGAAAAAGGCAAAAGAAACAAAGGGAGAUGUUGACAUGAACGAGACAGAGGAAAUCAUAGAGAACAGAAUUGGACAUGUAGAAAAUGAAUCAACUUCUGAACAGAUAGUGCUAGAAAAGAAAGCCAAGAAGAAGAAAAAGGAGAAAACUGCUAGUGAUGAAAAUUCUGAGCAGACAAAUGAAAAUGUCAUAGAAAAUACACAGCAAGAAAGUAAAGAAAAGAAAACCAAGAAGAAGAAAAAGACACUUUAUACUGAGGAAUAUUUAGAGCAGACAAAUGAAAAUGUCAUAGAAGAUACACAGCAAAUAAGUGAAAAAAAGAAAACAAAGAAAAAUACACUUGAUGCUGAUGAAAAUUCUGAGCAGGCAAAUGAAAAUGUCAAAGAAGAUACACAGCACACAAGUGAAGAAAAGAAAGCGAAGAAGAAGAAAAAGACACUUGAUGCUGAUGAAGAUUUACAGCAGGUAGCUGAAAAUGUGCAAGAACAUUCAGAGCAGAUAGACGAAGAAAUGACAGCAGAGAAGAGGAAGGAGAAUGCUUGUAGUGAGGAAAAUUUAGAGCAGGUAAUGAAAAAAAAGAAAGCCAAGAAGAAGAAAAAAGGCAAUCCUGAUGAGAACACUUCAGAGCAGAUGGUUGAGGAAAAGACAUCGGAGACGAGUGUCAUUGAGGAGACACCAGAGCAGAUUACUGAAGUCAAGAAGGAAAUGGAAGAGGACUCUUUAUUGGAAAAUAAUUCAGUCGACAUAGAGCUGCUAACUUUACCCAACCCUGAGACACCAAGUCCUCAAAGAGAGAAGAAGAAAAAGAAAAGCAAGUUAACAUCAGCCGAGGACCCUGAAAAAGACUCCACAGCAACAGAGACCCUAGAAACACCUGUAGGUGACAGCACCAAAAAGAAGAAAAAGAAAUCCUCAAAGAGUCAAGAAGAUGUUUGAUUCUUUAUCGCUGCAGAACAAUGGGAUGAACAGCGUAUCCUCUCCAUCCGUUUUCUAAUCACAUUUAUUUAUAAUGGUUAGAAAGAUUGCUUAAUACAUAAUAACUCAUUGUUAUUUUAAUAUGUUUUUAAAAUCUGUUUCUAGUUUAGUUUUUUAUAUACUGUGUGUUGCCCACCAUGACACUGCUUUGAUUUUUGUGAUAAUGUCAUUUUGAUGACGUUUUCAUAUGAAAAUUGAUUUUGUAUAAGUGAUUUUGUUAAUGGAAUGGAUCCUCUCUCUUAUGAUGUCUCAAAGUUAAAUUCAGUCAUUGUUUGAACAGAUUAAUUCUCAUACCAUCUCAGGAAUUUGUCUUAUUAUGGUCCUUUAAUCUCACUUUGUGAAACUUCACAUAGAUACAUCACAGCAUCUAUUCGACCUAUUUUAUAUUUAUGCAGAAAAAUAUGGGAAAUUAUUUUGACAACUUUUUUUUGUUUGUGAAAAGCAUGUUUUCUAUAGAAAUUUUAAAUGUCUGGUAAGGUUUUCAUAUUUGCAUUGUACAUAAUGCUUUUAAUACAAAUUAAAGUCCCUAGUUUUUUUUACACUU